UGAAUAUUUGCUGCGAAAAAAAGAAGAUUGAAAAAGUUUGAAAAGAUAAAAGCAAAAGAGAGAAUAAGAGACACAUCUGCGUUUCAAAUUAAUAAUCAUUACGCUAACGAUGGAAGUCGCUUGUUUAUACUCACAUUAACCAUAAGUGUACAACAAGAUAUCCGAAUAAAUUUCUUUUCCAGCUGGAGUGUUUUUUCAGUUUGUUUUUUUGGUGUGCUGUGUGUUGACCCAGUUAAUAUGAAAGUGGAACUGUGUUCGCAUUAGAAAAGCGUAAAAAAGCACCGAGUGCAAAGGACGACGACGACGAAGAAAAAAAGUACAUAGAAAUUGAUAUAUAAAUAACGUGGCAGUGAAAGAGAACGAGAACGUGUGAGAGCGAAAAAAAACGAGUUCCAACAAUUUAAUAAAUAGCAAAAAAAGAAAGAAUUUUGUAUCGUUUCGAAAGCGAUAUUUUCCGCAAUUUUAAACCACACAACUUGCAGACUCACACAGCACAUAAAAGCGACGACGACUACGACUUCGACACACUUUCAAUAAAAGGUUCGUUUUUGUUGUUGUUGCAUAAUGCCGGUGAAAAGAACUGCAUCAACCACAUUGACGCCCGGUCAUUCGAAAAUGUAAAUGUGAUACACACCACUUACAAUAAAAAAAAAACACUUUAUCAGAAGCGAAAUCAAACAAUCAGCAACCAAUCCACUUUGUAUACACGUAUCAUAUAAAAUCGAACGAAUAAAGAAUAUGGAUGCACUGCAGGCCAUAGCAACAAGUAUCGGUGUCAUUGGACUGAUUUUAUUGAUGGUAUUGCUGGUGUUGCAUUUUUUUGGACCAAAAACGGCCGCAUGGAUUCAUUCCAAUCGAGAGGAAAAAAUCGGAUUUUCCAAAAAUGGCAUUUAUCAUGCAAAUGGAUAUCUGAUUCAAUCCGGUUCGGAGUUUUUAUUGAAUUCAACUGGAAGUUUCAAGCGUUUCGAGUCAAUUGACCGUGACUAUAAGCCUAGUGAUCAAACAUCACAACAAUCAUGGAAUCUAACCAUAUCAGAGAUACCACCACAACCAUUGCGACCUGCACCCAAUUCACCGACGCAUCGUGAACGCCAAAAAUCAUUAGAAAACUCACCUCAAAAGCAAACAUCCGUAACAGAAAGCGAGUGUAAAGUUGUUGACAAGACUAGUAGUACAGUUAUUCCGCGUCCUUCAACAAAACGUCAAUUUUCAAGUCCGGCCAAUUGUGGUGUUGCGCAUAUCAAUCUGUCUGACGUGGUGGCCAAAAUAAAUAACGGACCAAAAUCAUGCACAAAUCCAUUUCUGAAUGGUUCAUUGUCCAUAUCAGAGGAUGAUAAUUCCAACAGCAUCGAUUUAAAUGUGAACAAAAAUCAAUACAAUUGUGAUCAAGUGCAAACAUUUCAUGCCAUUGACGAGAAAUUCCAAAAAAAUCCAUUUUCAAAGCGACGAAACGAUGACACACCGUUUUUCUCAUUUCCCUCAAAUGGUAACAUUGACGACGAUGAUAAUGAUCAGAACCAAAUGACAAAUACUGACUACAAAAUUAAUACGGAAACGUCAAACACUUUGAUUGAAUUAAACGAACCGAUAAUAUCAGUAAUAACAACAGCAUCAACAACAAAUAGUUUUGAUAGUGUGACGUUAUUAAGCCAAAUAAAUAAUGUGCCGAAUGUUCAAAAUCACAAUCGAUCUCUAUCCGAUACUGGAUCCAAUUCAUUAAUCAAUGAUAUUUAUGAGCAAUCAACAACAACCAAAAAUCCAUUCGCUGAUGGUAAUUUACAUAAAACCGUUUCGGACACAUAUCUCGAACAGUAUUCAACGCAAAAAACUUCGCUCACUAAUUUAAAUCACACAGCGACGAGCCGUCAAUCAAACCAAAAUUCGGCCAAUAGUCCGUCAACGACAGUGAAUCCAAAUGAUACAACCGAAUUAAAACGAGCCAUGUCGUGCGAAUCAGUCAACUCGGAGUCAUCGGUGCGGCUGGCCGAUUUGGAGCAACAGAACAAUGUGCCGACUGUGACGGGACAGUUGUGCGUUGGAUUACAAUACGAUAAAAAUACACUCACUGACGAAGGCAUUGAGCUUGUGUUAACCGUAAUGGAAGCAAAAGAAUUAAUUGGACCUCCGGAUGCUGAGCAAUUUGAUACAUUUGUACGAAUUUAUAUGGUUCCCGAUGAAACAGUAGCACAACAAACAAAAUUGUUUCGUAAUUCAAGAUGUCCCAGCUACAAUGAUACAAUUUCGUUUUGGUUAAGUAAUAAAAUACAAUCAAAACGAACGCUAUGGUUUCACGUGUAUCACAGUGGAACGGUUCAUACGCUUAUUGGUGAGACUGAAUUUCAAAUUGGAGAUGUGCGUCGGCCAAUCACAACUUGGCUGACAUUGUCGGAUUCAAGGCAUAACAUAAGUCCAUAUGGCGAAUUAAUGUUUUCAUUGUCCUAUUUACCAACCGCUGAACGGCUCACAGUCGUUGUCGUUAAGGCACGAAAUCUUAAGCUCAACGAAGAUGAUCCAAAUAAUUCGCAACAAAAUGUCUUUGUCAAGGUUUAUUUGCAAAAAGACGAUAAAAAAGUAUCGAAAAAGAAGACCAGCAUUAAACGUGCCGAUAGCUGUCCAAUUUUUAAUGAAGCGAUGAUAUUCAGUGUGCCGCCAUAUAUGUUGAAUGCAAUUCAAGUGCGAAUAACUGUGAUGAGUGUGCCCGAAUCAACGUCAUCGUAUGAAAAUAGCAAUAUAAUUGGCGGUGCCAAGCCAAUUGGACACGUUAUUGUUGGUUGUUCAACAUCCGAUAAAGGCCUAAGACACUGGAAUCAAAUGAUGACCAGUUUACGAAAACCAGUCGCCAUGUGGCAUGCUAUAAGACGCAUUUCACAUCCAACACCAAAAUCCGGAUAAAUUCAUAUUUUUGGAUGUAAACCAUACGAAAUGGCCACGUGUAUGAAAACCAAAUCGAAUCACGAACACAUUUUGUGAUCAAACCAACACAUGCGAGGUAGGGAACACAGAACUUUCUCAAAUUUUACUGCAUCAAAUAUUAAAAUACAAACACAAACAAUCGAAUCAUUUCUAUACAUGUAUCAAACGGACAAUAUUCUCAAAAUAUAAAUUACCACUUUGUAUAGAACAAACAAAAAUGGAAUAUACUCGCUUUAAACAAACAAACUAUUCUUCCCUUUGGAAAAUACCUCAAGUCUUUUUGGUAAACACAUGUUCAAACGCAAACAUGUAUGGAAUUUAUACGCUCACACUCACACAUUCAAACACAUACAUACAACCACAUAUGAAACUAACAUACAUCAACAUAGAUUUUUAUGAAAUUUUGAAAGAGAUCUCCCUUGUGAUAAUCGUUAAAUAUUGUCUCAUAUAUUGGUUAUUGAAAUUUAAACGUUGGCAUUCUGAAAUUUGAUGUAAAAAAUAAACAAAUUGUUGCACAGGAUAUUUGUAGACAGCUAGGAGUCGUAUUUUUUCAAAAUGAUUAAUGAAUAUGUUUUGAUUUGUUCGCAAGGUUUCACUAUCCUGUUUGCCAGGAUAUAUUGAAUGCAUUUUGCGAAUAUGAAUUUAAGAGGGAGAAACAAAAACAGGAUUCAAAAUUCGCAGACUUUUUUAAAUCAAUUUCUAUAAUGAAAUUGUUCAACAUAUUUUUGUUAUAAAAUUAAUCAAAAUAUUCUUCGUUAUCAUAAUUAGUUUAGUGUUUGAAUGCGAACAGAAAAUGUGAUGAAAACAUUUAAACGGAGAUUGAUUGAAAAAAUUGGAUAAAAAUCGUAUAAUAUUUUGUGCCAACUUCAAAAUGAUGAAAAAUGUAAUCGAUGUGGAUUUACUUUGAAAAGAGUUUUGCUACAUAAUCAAAAACUUUGUGUCGAACAUUUUAUGAAAUCGAACAUUUUAAAAAGUUUUUCAGUGCGAUUGAUUUUAUCGCUUAAAGCGAAAGUAUCUAUUAUUGGUUCUUUUUUCUAAUCAGACUUUUGAACACUCAAACAAAUACCAUUUUGUAAACAUGCGGGAUCACGUUUUUUAUGCAUGUUUCACAAAAGAUUUUCAGAUGAAUUUUAAAUAAAUUUCAAACGAUAUUUCCUUCCUAAAUUUCGAACGAACCGGGAGGUUUCUCUAUCAAUCCUAUCCUUUAUUUCUCCCAUCAAUCCCAAUCAAAUCUUUAUGUAGUCCAAGUUCAACAUCAAAGGCCACUCCACAUUUUUUUUGCAUUCAAAUGUAUAUUUCCGUUUCGAAUUCAUUUGCGAUACAAUUUUACUGCGCAAAAUAUAUACCUGUACAAAAUAAUCUCUUAUCUAUUUACCAUAUAAGCUUAGUUAGGCUAAUAUAUACACAAAUAUACUGAAUUUAAAUCGUAUAACUCUUUUGAUUUAUCUAUCUCUAUCUCUACAAACAAGAACAAUUAUAUCACACACACACAAUCACACAAAGAGCAACAGCAACUUGAAAUAAUCAUUUUUAAUUUAACACGUAAAUGCAUGGUAUUUGUGUGUAUAAGAAAUGCCUCUGUUGCAUUUAAUCUCUGUAAACCAUCACUAUAUACUUAUAUAUUCUGGUAUUCACUUUAUCCACAUUUCCAUCAAUAUAUAAUCAUCCACAUGAAUGACGGCACACUGUGUGUGAUGUAUGUUUUCAUGCAAGCAACCAUUUUAUGCACCAUUUAUCUGCAUUUCGGUGCUGAAGAAGAUAUGCAAUUUUAAAAUACAAACACACAAAAUAUCAUGGACCUUUUUGCUCGAGACAAACCGAUAGACACGUUCCCACUAUAUUUCCAGGCCAAAAGUAGCACAGGAACUAAUUUCAAAUGGAUUUUUUUUUUGGGUUUUUUGAAUAUGUUGAAAGUUUUGAAAUGAACUGCUUUAAUGGCAUCGACCAAAAAUUCCAAAUAUUAAAUAUUUAUGAAGUUAUUAAAUAUGGAAUACAAUAUCUGAUCGGAGAACGAAGACAAUAUAUAAACAAGGAUAGCAUUAGCAAAUGAAUAUGGAUUUUUUUUAUUUCAAAUAUAAAUAGCUUUACUCAAGAGAAAUAGAGACAAAGAAAAGGAAAAACAAGUUAUUCAAUCAAUAUAACAGUCACGUAAUUAGCCUAUAGAGAAUCAGAAAAGAGAGUCGAAAAAAGUCAAAUCGUUUUUUAAACUGUUACACAAUUCUUUUCGGUUAAACACCAAAGGAUUGUAUAGAAUAAGUAAAAAACACUUCUUUGGAAGUUCUCACUGUGACGCAAUACUGCACAUCAAUUUCGGUUAAACACCAAAGGAUUGUAUAGAAUAUUUAUGAUUGGCGAGCGUUCCUUCUAAAAAAAAGUUCUAAUUCAAUUUUCAAUAAGUAAGUAAAAGCAAGAAAAAGAAAACCGAAAAUACCCAUAAAAACUGUCUUAAUAAGCUUAAGAGACAUAUUACGCAGAAAAAGAAAGUAUAAUUUCAAAAACAAAAAACAAUUGAAAAGUUCUUUUUAAACAACCCAUUUCACGCCAUAUCACAUUGAUAAAAAUGAUAAAACAUAGCUGGUCUGAAAGGAAUGUCUUUUUUAAGAUAAGAUUCAUCACGUACUUCACUUUUUUACUUUAAAAACCAAAAUAGGUUCGCACUUCAAACUGAUUUCAAAUCAAAUUGAAACCUUGAUUUAAAUUCAGCAAAUAGUCACUUUCAUUCCAUAGCUACAGCUUCAUAACUGAAAUUUGUCUAAAGGUAUCUCCGUCACAUAAUUUAUGAAGAAAUAGAUGUGUAUUCACGUGUAUGCGUACAUUCAAAGAAGACGAGUAACUUCCAUUCAAUAAUUCACGGUUUGCGACUAUUAGAUGAACGUUAAUUGAUAUCAAAUUAAAGAGCUAUUUAUUGACGUACUAAUCAAAGCGCUACUCCAAAAAUAGCAAAGAAAAUAAGCAGAUAUACAGCAGUACUAAUUAAAAAAAAGAACGUGUAAUAGCAUUUUAUAUAACAAUUAGCAAACUUCCUCCUAAUCAAAGAGAACUUCAAUAUCAUCAAUUAAAAGUAUACUAAUUAAAGAUCUUGAUUUUCAAAUAAUCUGUGUUCUUUUGCCACUAAGCAAACUUAUAUGAAUGCAUUGCGUAAUGUUAUCCUUAUGUAAUGUAUCGAUUGAUUGCUGCAAAUAUCGAGUGACAUCAGCCAAUUAAGACACUAUUAAAGAUGUUAUUUUCAUUUAUUUUAUAAAUAUAUCAUAAGAAACUGACUGUUUGAAUCAUGUUAUAUGUCUAUCAAAAUUGAUUGAUUAUUGCAGACGAUGAUGAAUGCCUAUAAGAUAUAGCCUAUAAAUAAUGUAAUGAAAAUAAAACUAUAUUCUUGUAAUACUAAUAAGAAAAUAUGUGAAGGCGAUGAAAUGUUUGGAGGUGGAGGUGGAUUUGCAGACACAUCCCAUACACUGUCUUAAAAGUUAUAAAUACUUUGGUAACACACAUGAAUUUUUCGAAAUACAUGAUGUUUUACAGUGAAUGUGUAUCAAUAAAUCAAUCAAUCAAUGAAUACCCAAUAAUUUGUGUAAUAAAAACAAUUAAUUGCAAAAAUG